ACGGAUGAAGACGCAAGGCAAGCGAUGAUGCUAGAUGGCGGGAAAAUCAAAGAGAUUCAAGUGAAGCUACUGCUGAGUUCCCGCUCAGAGAUGCACAAGGUCAUAGAAGCGGCGCGCCAAAGCGUGCCCAUUUUGAGCCUGGCUGCGCCUUCACCGGUACCAACGCCUGUGACCGCUCCACCCGUUCAACCACCAGCAUCCACCCCUCCAGUUAUCACCCCGUUUUCAGCGGCACUUGGUUCUAACUCCAUGUUAGGGUUCGGCAUCCCAGGUAUCGGCAAUCCACAAGAAAUUCCCCAGCCCGCCGUAAUCGAGCCACCAGCACCUCUCUUUAGCCCUACCCGUAGCCAAUCUCCCGAAGAAGAGAAAGAGAAGGAAUUAGACAAAAUGGAUAAGAAACGCAAAGAUGAAAGGCGACGGACUAGAUCACGGUCUCGCUCGAGAUCGCGGGAUAGAGACAGGAAAGAUAGAAAGAGAGAUCGCAGGGAUCGUUCCCGCUCUAGAGAGAGAAGGCGCCGCGACCGCAGUAGAAGCAGAGAUCGCCGUGAUCGUAAGAGAGAUAGAAAAGAACGCAGCCGCUCCCGCGAUCGAUCGCCUUCGCGUCGUUCCCGUGAUAGACGCAACCUCGAUAGAAAAUCUCCCCCCCAGAACUCCCAAGAGAGAACCCUCGACGGUCUGAGCGAUGGAAACGCGAGCCGUUCGCCUUCACAUUACACUGCCAUGGCUGCAAGUAUCCAAGCUCAACUGGCUGCCCUACCUAACCCAACCAUCCCAAACGGGCCUCUCGCCAGCGCUAAUGUGCCAACUAGGUUCAACGAUCCAACCAUGGCUGAAGCAUUAAAUAAGUUGCAAGAAUUAGGAAAGAAAAGAAAUCCUAAUGCGUUUCAAGGUGAACCGCAGAAUGGGAAUAAAUUCCAAGGCGGUCGCGGUGGUGGUAACAUGAUGCGAGGUGGUGGAAACUUCCGUUCAAGGUCCAGGUUCGAUACCAACGAUCAGUGCAAAGAUUGUUGUGUUGUCAUCAAAAAUGCUCAAAAUCAUACGAGCUACGGUGACGUGCGCCGCUUCUUCCCAUACAUGAUCGACAAACACGGUAUAAAAAUGAUCAAUGAUAAUUUGGGUCGCCGCACCGGCACUAUUUAUGUUCGAUUUUGUGAUCCCCAAUCCAAACAGUUAGCGCUUCAACGCAAGAACAACGAGCUAAAGGGAGCUAACGUUAUAGUAGAGAGCUUAGAUGACAGUCUAUACGAGGCUGCAGUCGAUUCCUAUUUACCAUACAGAGAAGAAAAUGACACGGAAGAAGAUAGUAGCCAAGCAAAAUUGGAAGAGGACAAAAAAAACACAAUGCAGAAUUAUAGCAUACUUAAAAUGUCGGAGUUGCCAAAUUUUGUAAAGGAACACGAUAUUAUUAAAAUGUUUAGUGAUUUUUCUUUAUUAUCCAUCAUAUUAGACGACUGUAGAAUGACGCGGUCUAAAAUUGCAUACGUUCAAUUUGUUAAGCCAGAAGAUGCUAGAAUGGCUUUCGAGCGGAAAGAGAGUUAUGCAUUUGGAAGACGCCAAGUAACUCUCACUCCUUUGUCUCAAGAAGAAUUUGAAAAUAUAAAACCGAAAGCGGAGAAAUCCGACGGCGCGCCUUUAGACGUAAUACAAAGUAAUCAAGACAAUAUAUCGAUGCCUCGUGACCCACGCCAACGUCGCCCACAACUGGACAAUGGGUCUGCAGCGCCCACUGCUCCAUUAAUACCAGUGGAACCGCAGGGACCAGGGUUUUUCCAAAAUCCAUCUUUUCCACAAAAUAUGGGACAACCGUUCCCUGCAUCAGCGCCGCAAUAUGGGGCAUAUCCCACCCCCGGGCUAGGAGACCCUAGAACCGCAGCUAACUGGAACACCCGAACUCCGUUUCCGAAUCAAGCUAACAUUCCCUUUCAAAACAAACCGCCCUCUGUCAACAACCAACGAGCUGUGACUGUCAAUAUGGAAGAUAAGCCGCUCGACUCAGUUCUUAUGAAAGGUCUUCCGAGAGACGCCACCGAUCGAACUAUUGUUAAUUUCCUAUCGGAUACUGGAGCUGUGCCAGCUAGGAUACAUCUAAUGUUGGAUGGUAGCGGCUUGCCCUCUGGGGAUUGCUUCUGUGAAUUCAGAUCAACGCAAGAAGCGAGGCAAGCUGUUACAAAACACGGUCAAAUGUUAGAAGGGUGUAGAAUCACAGUGGAUUUGGUGACUCGCGGCGUCGUCGAGGAAGCAUUAGAGGGACCCAAAGAAGCCAAAAACCCACCUGGACCAAGUUUACUCGGCAACGCCCCACCAUUCUUUGAAGUGCCGCGCUUCGCUGGUCCCGGCCAACCGUUUAGAGGCCGCGGCGGCUUCGACAGAGGUGGAUUUGAUCGUGGUGGAUUCAGAGGUGGUUUUGACCAAGUCCGCGGAGGAUUCGACAAGAGCCGCGGCGGUUUUGAUCAGGGUCGCGGUGGUUUCGACAUGAGAGGUGGCUUUAGAGGGCGCGGCGGUUGGAACGAUCGCGGAAGAGGUUUCGAUCGAGGCAGAGGUCGCGGCUUCGGGAGAGGGCGAGGUGGCUUUACGAACGGCGAUCCACGCCCGCCGAUGCCCAUGAAUGACCAAGAGGAACAAGAUCCAGCGCUCGAAGACUUCGGUGCGCCGGGCUGCGUGGUCUCCAUGGUGAAUGUCCCUUUCCGUGCUACCGUCGAUGACAUCUUAGCCUUCUUUGCCGAAUUUGAAUUGACCCAAGACGAUGUAAUAAGGAGGUACAACGAGCGAGGCCAGCCCACGGGCGACGCGCGGGUCGCGUUCCGGACGCCGUUUGACGCGCAGCGAGCGCUCAAAACGCGCCAAAUGAACACAAUCUUUGAUAGACGAAUCAAUCUCACAAUUCUCUAGCCCCUAGCCUCUGACGAAGAAAAUGUCAGUUCAGAUGAUUCCGAAUGUGUGUAUGUGAGAGACUUUAGUGCGCAUAACCCACCGGCGUAAGUGUGGAUAAUACAAUCGAUAAACGUGUGUAAAUAAAAACUACGAUAUGUAGUGAUCAGUUUGUAAGAAUUUUAAUUUAGGGAAAACUAGAACGUCUUUCUAGUAUUUGAGCACAUAAGUUGCUUUAUAACGUUCCAUACUACAUUUUCAUAUCGUUAAAAACGCGCUAGUAUAGACUAUGUAUGGUUAAUUGAUUUUUAGGAUUAGGUAUGUGAAUAGGAACUGAAUACGGAUCGUUUAAUAGAAAUAAAAAUACUUUCCAUAACUUAGUUCGUGUAUUUAUUUCUCAAAAACCAACACAACCAGAAUAACAUAUUGCCAUGUCGCAAGGUCAAUGUGCAAAAGGUAACAUCUAUGUGUUUUAAAUAUAUCACUUUAUUUUAAGAACUCGAGACAACUCCACAUGAAC